UGUUCCAACAACAAAACCACUGCAUUAGUUUAUGAAGACAACAACAAAGUAAAAACAAAAAAAUGGUUGCAGCAGUUUCUGUUUCUUCACCAAAAUCCACACUUUUGAAGAACCCCAUCAAUUUAAGAGACUCAAGUUCAAAUUUUGUUGGUGGUUCAUUGAAGGGUCUUUGCUUGAAUCUUAAACCAAGACAACAAAGAAGAGAUUCAAUCAAUUUGGUUGUUGCUUCAGCUACAACAAAUAAUGCUAGUGGAAGAUUUUACUUCAAUUUCACUGGUUUUCCUUUUCCACUUGGUCCUUUCCUCAAUAGGAGCACUAUUAGGAAUGAGGCUGUGAAGGGUUGUAUAUGGCUAUUCGAACAAGAGCAGGCGUUAGGCUUCAGCAGUGUUUCAACAAACAUUAGAAUGACAGUUAUCAAACUCAAAUCUGGUGGCUUAUGGGUUCAUGCACCUAUCGCUCCAACUGAUGAGUGUAUUCAGUACAUGCUGCAAGGCAAUUUCUAUAUCAAGAACUUUGUAGUACUGAACUUAAGAUUGAAGCUUAUCAAGGAAUUAGGGGCUCCAGUGGAAUACAUUGUCCUCCCUACUUUUGCUUAUGAGCACAAAAUAUUUGUCGGUCCAUUUUCAAGAAAAUUUCCGCGUGCUCAGGUGUGGGUGGCACCGAGGCAAUGGAGUUGGCCAUUGAAUUUACCUUUAGAAUUCUUUGGCAUUUUUCGCUCUAAAACUUUGAAAGACGAGGAUUUAUCCACUCCUUGGGCUGACGAAAUAGAGCAAAAGGUUCUAAGCUCACCAGAAGUUGGAAUUGGACCAUAUGUGGAAGUAGCUUUUUACCACAAGCCUUCAAGAACACUAUUGGUGACGGAUGCUGUUAUUUUUGUUCCAAGACAGCCACCUGAGUGUAUUAACAAAGAAUCACUCUUAGCAUCUGCAAAAAAUGGUUUGGCUGUAAAGAUUCUUAGUAAAGGAAAGGAUGUGCCUGAUGAACCUGUAAUUGACAACAAAAAGAACCUUAAAAAAGGAUGGGAAAGAAUGGUUCUACAAAUCUUGUUUCUUGGUCCAUCUAAUCUUUUGGAACCUAAUGCUAGCUUUGAACAGAUGUCAGAGAAGUUGAUUGUUUCACCUAUUGUCAAGACUUUGGUCUUCAGCAAAGUUCCUGAAAAGGUUAGAGACUGGGUUGAUAGCAUUUCGCGAGAUUGGAGGUUCAGAAGAAUCAUCCCAGCUCACUUUGCCGCACCAAUAAACGCAAGUAGGUCUGAUUUCCGGGCUGCAUUUGCAUUUUUGGACGAGUUUUUGGGCGACCGAUACGAUACUUGGCCUUCGCUUUCCCUUCUGUUCUCAUCAAUCAAGGGAAAAGCAGCCAGCUAUUUUCCUCCUGAUGACAUGAGGACCUUAUCCUCCCUUGAUCAGUUUUUGGUCUCAGUCGGAGCGGUCAAGAAAACCGUUGCGGGAAGGAAGCGGUGACGACGGCAAGAGUGUAGCAAUAUCACUUGCAAAUUGAAAUUACAUGUCAAAUUUGCAAAUGAUAAAUUACCUAUAGUUUUGUUACAUGAGGAGCUUGAUUCUUCUUAAGCAAAAUGUAAAUGUUUCACAAUGGAAUAGGCUUACAUAUUUUGUGUAUUUCAUAUUAGGCAAAGUUGCUAUGUAACUCAUAAGAUAUAAAUGUUUCACUUUCCCUAUAAUUUCACUCACAUAUAUGUGUACAUUUAUUUGUGAAAUUAUAGAGAAGUUCAGGGGAUAUACACAACUAUACAAUUUUUGCUACUUAUUAUGUCAA